AUGAUUUUUCUCAGCCUACUACGCAUUUGCCUGCUCAUAGCUCCGGCAGUCCACUCAGCACCCUUUCUUGAACCAGCCGUCCAGGCCGACUACGACGCCAUUGUCAUAGGGGGAGGUCCAGCUGGAUUAGCAGCGACAAGCGGGCUCGCGCGAGUCCGGCGUAACGUUCUUCUGAUCGAUUCUGGAGAAUACCGGAAUGACCCAACCAGACAUGCACACGACAUUCUAGGAUUUGACGGUGUAACACCGGCCUGGCUACGUUUCGCAGCAAGAAGGCAAAUCAGCGACUAUGGAACGGUUGACCUGGUCAAUGGGACAGUGACAGAGGUCCAGCCCCAAAAGAAUAACACCUUCUUCAAAGUGCUGGCCGACUACCCAGGCAAUAAGUCGGUUUCGUUUACCACUCGCAAAGUGGUUCUAGCAACAGGCAUGCGAGAUAUUCUGCCCACUACGACUGGACUUGCCGAGAGUUGGGGCAAGGGCAUAUACUGGUGUCCUUGGUGCGACGGCCAUGAGCAUGCGGAUCAAGAUCUCGGCAUCCUCGCGCGCCUAGACAGUGCGGUGACAAGUGUCCGCGAGAUUCUCACAUUGAAUACGGACAUCGUCCUCUUCGUUAACGGCACUGACACACCCGCAAACCGCGCAAUCACGGAGGGGAAAUUCCCAGGAUGGGAGACGUACCUGAAACUGCUCAAUGUAAAGAUUGAGAACCGCACGCUGGCCUCUAUCACGAGGCUCAGAGACGGUGCAACGCCCUAUGCGGAUCCGAGCUUACCCACACAUCCUGAGCAUGAUCUCUUCGAGGUUAAUUUCACAGAUAAGAAGAACCCCAUCUUGCGAAAUGCGUUCUUUGCAGACUUCCCGUCUGAGCAAAGAUCCAAGGUCGGCGAAAACGCAGGUGUUCAACUCUAUGGUAACAAACUUGCUGCGGAUGGUGCCGGAGGGCUGGUAACCAACGUCCCUGGAAUCUUUGCUAUCGGCGAUGCCAAUUCGGACAAUGUGACGAAUGUACCACACGCUUUUUUCAGCGGGAAACGCACUGCAGUUUAUCUUCAUGUCCAGAUUGAGCGUGAAAAUUCUCUUGCGCAGAUUGCAGCGGCAGGCAAGCGAGAUGUUGGGGAAGAUGAGCUGCAGAAGCUCUGGGCGAGGAUGAAUGUACCCAGUGAUGUCACUCACGCAAGGGAAAGAUUUGAGGUAUAA